AUGCGACUCGACCGCGGCGUCUUCGCCGCAUCCCGCACUCCCUGGACUUGUGCUCAGUGCAAGUCCUCCCUCCGCCGCGUAUUCAGCUCCUACAGACGGCCCAUUCGAGUAGUACGACCGACAAGGGCCGUUUAUUGGGCCGCAGCUGGUGGCGCAUUAGGUGGAAGUCUGCUCUUUUUCACCGACGACAUCAAGCAUGGGUGGAACGCCGCGGCACGAACAGGACGGGUGAUUUCUGCCCUGACCGUGAACAUCAAUGAUUACCGGACAACGUUGAAACAAGAGCUCGGUGACCCGGAAGAAGAAAGCCGCCUACUCAAAGCCUGCCACAAGCGGUGCGCCGUGCGGACAUUGAAAGUACUCGAGAAGAAUGGAUCGAUCUUCAUCAAGCUCGGCCAGCAUCUGUCGUCAAUGGGAUACCUCUUGCCCACCGAGUGGACCGAAACAUUCAUCCCUCUGCAGGACAAGUGUCCUGUUUCUUCCUACGAGUCGAUCGAAGACAUGUUCGUUCGCGAUACGGGACAUCGGAUAGAAGAUGACUUUGCAGAAUUCUCCAAAGAACCCAUCGGGGCCGCUUCCCUGGCCCAGGUGCACAUUGCGAGGCUCAAGGACAGCAACCAGCAAGUGGCGGUAAAAGUACAACAUCCCAGCCUGGAGGAGUGGGUGCCGUUGGAUCUGGCAUUGACCAGAUUCACAUUCCGGACCUUGAAAAGGGCGUUCCCGGAGUACGACAUGGAGUGGUUGAGUCAAGAGAUGGACCUCUCGCUACCUCAGGAGUUAGACUUUACCCUCGAAGGUGCCAACGCUACCAGGGCAAGAGAGUACUUUUCGUUGCACACCCAGUUUCCCCUUAUAAUCCCGAAGGUUAUAUCAGCGAGCAAGAGGAUCUUGGUCAUGGAUUACGUGACAGGAGCGAGAGUCGACAAUACGGAGUAUUUCGACAAGCACCGCAUCUCCAGGGACGAAGUUUCGGCAACGCUGGCGAGGAUAUUCAACGUCAUGAUCUUUAAGAGCAACGCUCCCCUUCACUGUGACCCCCACGGUGGAAACAUUGCCGUUCGACACAACCCUAACCGACGAUACCCCUACAACUUCGAUAUCAUUUUGUACGACCACGGGCUGUAUCGGAUGCCCGACAACAAGUUGAGGAGGGACUAUGCCAGAUUAUGGCUGGCUGUUAUCGACGCCAACGAGGAUCAGAUGCGCAAAUACGCCUACGAAGUCGCCGGGAUCACCGACGAGCAGUUUCCACUGUUUGCCUCUGCCAUCACUGGUCGGGAUUAUCGGGUGUUGACGAACAAGAAGGUGGCAACGUCGAUGCGUGAUGCGCAAGAGAAGGAGAAUAUCAACGAAGUGUUUGGGGAAGAUCUCCUGCAGCAACUGGUGCAGUUACUUGGGAACGUUCCUCGAAUCAUCCUCUUGAUCCUCAAGACCAACGAUCUGACACGGAGCCUGGACGAGUCACUCGGAUCCAAGCAGCCCAUGAGACCCAUGAUGAUCCUUGCAAAGUUUGCGAGUCUCACUGUUUGGGAAGAGGAGAAGGAGAAGAUUCGGCAACGUGGUGGAUUCCUGAACCCGCGAAAUCUCCUGCCGUUGCUCAGGGCCUGGUUAAGCCACAUGAGGAUCGAAUUGAAGCUCUUUGGAUACGAGCGGUAUUUGGCCCUCCGCCGACACCUGCAUCUUGACUGA